AUUGUGACAAAUUAAACAUAACCUACAAAUUUAUUUCUUUCAAAAAUAAUCUUUUUGACGUAAAUCAAUCAAUGGUGGUAAACAGAAGUGAAAAUAUGACCACAACAACAAAUAUUUCAGACGAAAAAACGUUUUUUAUAUCAUUACCUCAACUUGAUGGAACUUCACAUAUUCUACCUGUGAGUUCACUUCAAUUAAAUAACUUAGGAUUAAGUGAAUUGAGCCAACAGGACACGCCUCAAGAUAAUCAACCUCAAGUUACACAAACAAAUCCUUUUAAUAUUGAUUUAGAAGAAAAUGGGAGUCUCAUUACAAAUAUAGUUUAUAAAGUUAUUAAGCCGGAGGAUUUAGAUUUAAAGCCUGCUAGUAUUAAAUAUUUGCCAAGGGGAAGACCAAGAAAAAAAGUUUGUUUGGAAAAAACGACAAUUAUUGAACCAGAAGUGAAAAAAGUGAUGAAACAAGCAAGAACUAGAUCGGGGAGAAUUACAAAACCCCCAAAGCAUAUUGAAGUUGAUUUCAAAAAGAUUGAUAUCACCGAUGAUUCAGAGUUAAAAACCGCGGAAUUUGAACCUUUAAAAACUAAUGAUAGUGAAGUGAAACAAGAACCUUUAUUGAUUUUAAAUCAACAUUGUAAAAAAAGAAAUAUACCACCAAGAUAUCGGUGUCCAACUUGUAAUAAGGCUUAUUUAGGUAAAGCAAAGAUAUUAAAUCAUUUUGAAAAACAUCCAGAUCACGGUUCGAUUUCUCCUAAUGUUACAUUUAAAAAUACAGCAACUUGGGAUUUUUUAAUAUCAACAGCACAAAAAUUUAAAGGAUCUAAAGUCACUAAAUUUUGUGAUGAAUUAACAACAUUAAUAGAAAAUGCUAAAAAAAUUGCAAAGUACUUAUUUAAACCUUUCAAAGAGGAUCAAGAAAGUUACAUUAUUAAGAAUGAAUUGGCAGCAAUUUUUGGUAUAAAAGAAGGAACUUAUGGUUUAGAUGAAAGUGAAUUAUUUAAAGAUAUAAGCCUUUAUGAGUAUUUAGAAAAUACACCAAAACGAGAUGAACAAAAAGAAGAAAAAACUAAUAACGAAAUUGAUCUUCUAAAUAAUCACUUGAACAAUCAAAAUUCUUUAGCUUUAGUAAAAUAUGAAAUGCCUAAGUUGUAUAAUUUUACAACUCCUGAGUUUUCUGAUGAUAAUCAUGAAUUUAACAGGCGAAAUGUUCAAUUAACUGUAGAUAAAGCUGAUGAAAAUAAAUGUUUGGAUACUAAAAAAGAAGUUUUUCAUCAAUUACAAAAAGAAAUCACUUUACACAAUGAGUUACAUGAUGUUGAUGAGUUAAUGUUGGAAAAUGUGGACACGGGUCAGGUGAAUAUUUUAGAAACAAGUAGUAAUUCGGAUGAUAUUAUGAACGUCGAUCAAUUUGUUAAUGAGAGAUUCAAGAAAUUAACUGAACCUGAUAUUGAUAUUCAUGGAAAUUCUUUAAAUUUGGAGUUGCCACCGUUGGAUAUAUUUCAAUUUCAUACGUCAUGAUGAAACAAUAAUUUAUUUUUGUUAACUAUGUUACUUAAUUAAACAUCAAUUAAUUUGAAUUAAACGUGUUGUGGUUAACACACAUAAACUUGAAAA